UCCCUACACAGAAAUCUUCAAAUCUCUAUCGCCAGAAAACCAGAGAGCCAGAAAGGAAAGAAAAUGUCGGGAAGAGGGAAAGGAGGGAAGGGAUUGGGAAAGGGAGGAGCGAAGAGGCACAGGAAAGUGCUGAGAGACAACAUCCAAGGAAUUACGAAGCCUGCCAUCCGUCGUCUCGCUCGUCGUGGUGGGGUCAAGAGAAUCAGCGGUCUGAUCUACGAGGAGACGAGAGGUGUCCUCAAGAUCUUCCUUGAGAAUGUCAUCCGUGAUGCCGUCACCUACACCGAGCAUGCUCGCCGGAAGACCGUCACUGCCAUGGAUGUCGUCUACGCCCUCAAGCGCCAGGGCAGGACCCUAUACGGUUUUGGGGGUUAGGGUUAGGGCUCCGGUGCUUCUUCUGAUUUAGGGAUUGUAGACAUUCUGUAGGGGUAUUUUGGCCUUUUUCUCAUUUCUUUUCUCUUUGGGUUUCAGUUAGGGUUAGGGAUUUGAUGUAAUUGGAGAUGAUGAUACGUGAAUGGAGAAAUUUUCAUUUUCCUAAA